CUCUCUGUCACUAUUAUAAAUAUCAAAACUCUGACAUUUCUUCUGUUCAAAUUCUCCUCGAAACAAAGAGAGAAAAGAAAAGAAAAAAUAUCAAAUAUUUUGUCUGGUCGGAGAAGAUGAAGGCAAGACGUGGGAGACGCCCUGAAAAGUUUUGGCCUUCUAUUGUGAUGAACAAAUGGUUGAACAUAAAGCCUAAAGUUUAUGACUUCAGCGAAGACGAAGUCGAUACAGAAACUGAGAGCGAGGACGACGUUUGUUCUGUCAAAGACGUAGCUGAUGCUUGCUGUAUAACUUAUGAAGACAGCCUUGGAGGUCGCCGGGGAAGCCAAGCUGAUCACGGCAAGAAAAUCUCAGACGGUGGUGGUGUGAGGGGUUACCAGAGAAAACACCGGCGAGGCAAGUCAGAGACUUUGAGAGUCCAAUACAUCAACACCAAGGACAUCAAAGUGACGGUGGCUACAUGGAACGUCGCCGGAAAACGUCCCUCCGAUGAUCUCGACAUCGACGAUUGGCUUACUACUGAUAACCCUUCAGAUAUUUACAUCAUCGGGUUUCAAGAAGUGGUUCCGUUAAACGCCGGUAACGUUUUCGGAGCAGAAGACCGAGGUCCGAUUCCGAAAUGGGAAUCUAUAAUCCGUAGAACACUGAACAAAUCUCAAAAAGAAUCAGUCUAUGAUCAAUCAUCACCAAGCAACAACAACGUUCUUCUUCAUAGGUCUCACAGCGCGCCAUCGUCACCUGUCUUAACACAACAAACAAACUCAAUCAUCGCUGAUGUCAUGGUCGAGAAUCUCGCUUCGGACCAGGCCUUAGACUUAGCUACAGACGAGUUCAUAGACGCUGCGACCGCUUUACCGAGUCUUGAACCAGUUGGGAAUCCAGAUAUGGACUGGCCUGAACGAGCUUUAGAUGAGAAUCCUCAGAUCGUUGGAUCAGAGGGGAAGUUGAGGAGAGUGUUGAGCAGCAACGCUAUGUUAGGGUUUAAGUUACAGGAGAAUCCAACGGGUGUGAGUAGGUUUUCUUUGGACGCAAGGAACUUGAAACGGUCAAGGAGUUUUGAAACCCUAAAGCUGAGUUGGAGUGAUAUCAAAGAGGAGAAUGAUAAUAACUCCUCUUCCUCCUCGUCCGAAGCUGCGAAAAAUCUGUCUGAUGAUGAUUCAUCAGACGGAGAUUCGUCUUCUGACGAGGAAGGAGAUAAGGUCGGAAAUAGUUAUGGAUUGUCGGAGGAUCUGGUGGAAGAGUGUCGGAAGGUGAGAGAUUCUCAAAAGUAUGUGAGGAUUGUGAGUAAGCAAAUGGUUGGGAUCUAUGUAUCGGUUUGGAUCCGACGGCGGUUAAGAAGACACGUCAAUAAUUUGAAAGUUUCACCGGUUGGAGUUGGUUUGAUGGGUUACAUGGGAAACAAGGGAUCGGUUUCGAUAAGCAUGACGUUGUAUCAAUCAAGAAUGUGUUUUGUGUGUUCACACUUAACUUCCGGUCAAAAAGACGGUGCUGAGCAACGCCGGAAUGCUGACGUGUACGAAAUCAUACGCCGUACUCAUUUCGCAUCGGUUCUUGAUACCGAUCAACCUAGAACCAUUCCAUGUCACGAUCAGGUGUUCUGGUUUGGGGAUUUGAAUUAUAGACUUAAUAUGUCAGACAGUGACGUGAGAAAGCUUGUCUCACAGAAACGUUGGGAUGAGCUAAAGAACAGUGAUCAGUUGAUUAGAGAAUUACGAAGAGGGCAUGUCUUUGAUGGAUGGAAAGAAGGACCGAUCAAGUUCCCUCCGACAUACAAGUACGAGUUCGAUUCCGAUCGUUACGCCGGAGAAAACCCGAGAGAGGGAGAGAAGAAGAGAGCUCCUGCUUGGUGUGAUCGAAUAUUAUGGUUGGGAAAAGGAAUAAGACAAGAGUGUUAUAAGAGAUCGGAGAUAAGGAUGUCUGAUCAUCGGCCGGUGACUUCCAUAUUCAACGUUGGAGUUGAAGUUUUUGAUCAACGGAAACUUCAGAGAGCUCUUCACGUUAACAACGCCGCUGCUUCAGCUGUUCAUCCUGAACCUUCUUACUUGUUUUAA